AUGGUUGACAACGUGGUUGACCAUCAAUUUGGUUCAGUUGGUGAUGCUCUUGCCAAGUCCAUACCUCCUGACAAGCUUCUGUCUGACUAUCUGAGAAAAGGAGCUGGAGCAUGGCUAAAUGCAAUCCCUGCAUCACAAGGUUUCGCAUUCAAACCCUGCGAUUUUCGCUUGGCGUCGCUUGUGAGGCUUGGAUUGCCCAUCUCUCUGUCACAUUGGUCAGAGGCAUGCAACUGCAGUGCACCACUGGAUGACAGCGGAUACCACCUACUCACAUGCAAGACCGGUGGAGGCCCUAUUUGGUCUCACGAAUCAAUUGCUGGGGUGUGGUCUGAGUGCCUUAGGAGCCUCCAAAUCCACCAUCGACGGGAGCCAAGGAACAGAUAUGUCACUUCAGAUUGCAGGCCUGACAUUGUCAUGUUCGAUUCUGAAUCAGCUUCCAACCUCGACCUGGACAUCUCUCUAGCCCACCCUUGGAGUGCGGAUGCAUUUCCAAGCUCUGCUGAUAGAACAGGCGUCGCUGCUAAACAACGUGAGAAUAGGAAGGCGGCAAAAUACAGCCAACAAAAGCUCCCUGGGACUUCAGUUCUCAAAGCCAUCCCCUUGGUAUUCGAACAUUUCGGUGCAUGGGGAGAAGAGGCCAGGAACUUCUUGCGAAAGCUAGCAGCUUUCUCAUCAGACGAAGUUGGUCAGCCAAACGCACCGGAAUUUGUGGACUUCUGGCGUAAACGCUUUUCAGUGCAGCUGCAAAAGUGCAACGCACGGGUCAUUCAGAAGAAAUUGAAUGUGUUGUGUGGUGGGUGUCAGAUUCCCGAGUCACUCAGCACUCAAUUCUUUUAUCAUUAGUGUACUUUUAGUUGUCUCUUUUGCCUCAGAAAAUAUGUAUACACUUACCUAUGAACACUAUAAAGCAUUUAGCUUUAGUCGAGUAGUUUCUGCUGUGAUGUAUG